UAAUAAUACGUCCAUGGAAAAUUCUGCCAAUCCGAAGAAAGCAUUCUUCUGACAAAAUUUGAAAAUAAAAUAUUAACCGUUUGCUGUGGAUUUACAAACGUAGUUUCAUAAACGUGGUGUGAAAACAAGAUGCAGUGUAAUGUUUAGUUUAUUUACUAAUAUUUUAUAAGCAGCUAUUAUAGAUCUGCUAAAAAAUGGAGAAUACAUUAGAUUCCGCUAGACAGUCUGAUGCUAGUACUCAGGAUGACAUGUCAUACUUAUUUGGAAGAGAUCCUAGUAUAUUAGCUUAUGGACGGAGAGUCUGUCUUUCAAAAGAAACUAAAAAAAAUUUACUUUCUGUCUACGAAACUGAGGCAGAGACUGAGAGUGAAGAAUGCAAUUAUGCUGUACAAAGUGGUUCUUUGAAUUCAGAAUCAGAAAUUUUACAAACAGUUAAAGUAUACCUACGAAUGAAACCAUUCCCUAAGAAGUUAAAGUUGUCCGAAGAGCAACAAAAUGCAUAUAAAAUUAUCAAUUCAACUACUUUGUUUACAAGAUUGCCUACAUUAGAUAAUAAUACCAGUUGUCUCAAGAGAUCCAAUAGUACAGAUAUUGUGUGUAGAAAAUUUACAUUUACCAAAACUUUUGGACCAGAAACUACUCAGUUACAGUUAUUUGAACAAGCUGUGAAGCAACAAAUGAUAGAGUUUAUAGAUGGACAAAAUUCUACUAUUAUGACUUAUGGUACUACAAAUUCUGGAAAAUCUUAUACGUUACAAGGAACUACAACAUCUCCUGGCAUAAUACCAAGAUGUUUAGAAUUUGUGUUUUCAAAUAUUACACCAAAGUCUAUGCCUUCUUAUAAACCUAUAAAUCACUGUGAUGUUGUUGCUUUGGAUCCUCUUGAACGCGCUCAAGAAUUAGAAAUAAAAACCAAGUUAUUAACACUUUUGUCUGUAGACAAAUAUCAAUAUAUUAAUGCUUAUAUAGAAAUGCAAAAAUUGUUGCAAGAAGAAUCAUCUAUUAGACCUAGUCAGUGCAUUGAUGCACACUAUUCUGUUUGGGUCUCUUUUGCAGAAAUUUACAAUGAAAUUGUGUACGAUCUUUUGUCAAAUGAAACUCAGAAAAAGAGAACACCUCUUAAAUUAGCUACAGACAGUCAAGGGAGGGCAUUUAUUAAAGGCUUAAAGACUGUUUGUGUGAAUUCUGGUUCUGAGGCUUAUCAAGUUUUAAUGGCAGGACAAUAUAACUUGAAAGUAGCUGCAACCGCUUUAAAUGCAAGAAGUUCAAGAUCACACUGUAUAUUCACUAUCAAAUUAUUGAAGUAUUAUGUUGAGAAUGAUCCCAGUUCUGUUGAAGUUAGCACAUUUGCGUUUUGUGAUUUGGCUGGAUCAGAACGAUUAAAAAAAACAUUAAAUAUUGGAGACAGAUUGAAGGAAGCACAAAAUAUUAAUACAAGUCUUCUAGUAUUAGGAAGAUGUUUAAAAACCAUUCAUGAGGGACAAUUAUCAAAACAGAAAAUAGAACAUGUUGGACCAUUCAGAGAAUCAAAAUUGACAAGAUUGUUUCAGAAAGCAUUAUCUGGAAAAGAGCAUAUAGCUUUAAUAGUAAAUAUUAAUCCUAUACCAAAUUUGUACAUAGAAACGCAAAGUGUGCUUAAUUUUUCUGCAAUUGCAAAAAGAAUAAUUAUAGAAAAAGAGAAAACGCAGAAAAAAAUUAAAUCUAGAUUUUCACAAGUAGUUACACAGAGUAUAAGAACAAUAACUGACUGGGAUGCUACAGAGUUAGAGAGUGAUGAUUGGCAAGUUGAUAAUAACUUGGGUUAUAUUCAACUAGAGGAUUAUAAUGAGUUAAUAAGUGAAAAUGAAAGAUUGAAAAAAGAAAUCGUUUCUUUGAAAAGUUCUGCAUUAAGUCGUGAUCUUCAAAUACGUCAAGAAUUGGCUGACACGUAUACAUCUAUGAUGAAAGACCUUGAAGCUGAGUGGAGGAGUAGAAUUAAAAAUGUGGAAGAACAACAAGAAGAUAUAUGUCACUUGUCUGUAAAACAAGUUGAAGAUUUUUAUAAACAGAAACUGGAACAACUUAGUAGUCGGAAAAGGAGACGUUCUUUUAAUGAUUCAGAUGAUAAAAAUAUUGAUGAUUUAGAAAUUGAAAAUUCACAUUUAACAUCGAAAAUUAUGUUCUUAAAAAGUAACAUAAAGGAAUUUAAGGAAACAAAUCAGAACUUAAUAGUCGAAAAAAAUAAACUAACUUUUGAACUUGGUUUGACAAAAGAAGAUCUCAAAAAUAUGAAUAAUUUAUUAAAUGCGGCUCAAAAAGACAUCUGUUCUGAUGAAGCUACAAAACAUUAUAUAGAAGAAUUAAAAUCUCAAUUGUCUACUAAGGAGGAACAGAUUAAGAAACUUAAAAUAUUUUUAAAUGAGGCAAAACAAGAGUAUAUUGAUAUUACAACUCACGGAAGAGAAAAAGAACGUAUAAUUAAUGAGCAGACAGAAGAGUUAUUAGACAAACAAGAAACAAUAGACGACUUAGAAGCAGAACUUGCACAUAUUAACAUAUGUUUAACAGAAGAAACUAAAGCAGUUGAUAUUUUAGAAGAAAAAUUAGAGAAUCAGAACAGAAAGAUGCUAGAUUAUGAAAACAAAGUGCAAAAUAUGCAAGAGCAAAUUAAUAAAAUGGAAAAUGAAAAAUUGUUAUUAUUAGACGAAUUUGAAUUAUUUAGAAAGACAGUUGAUGCUGCAAAAACUACAAAAUCAGACUUAGAAUAUAAAGAUAAUGAAUAUAAGGACGUUAAAGAUGAAGAUCAAAAUAUAUUUAUUGGAGCAGAUUCAUCUUCUGACCUUAAAGUAGAAGUAGUAAUAAUAAAUUCAAAUAAUAAGGAUACACAAACAGAACAUGUAUUUGAUACUCAAAUGGAAGAAAAACUACUUACCAUAGACAAAGAAAAUUCUGCUUUGAAGGAAAAAUUAGUUCGAAGUACAACUGAAAUAAAAAGCUUGAAGCAAGAAUUGGAAUUUGCUAAAGUCAAAUUGAAAGAUAUAUCUGAACAAAUAAGUAAUUUAAAAAUAAAUAAUAUGCAAUCUAAAGAUAAUAUUAACGAUAAUGUGAAACAGGAAGUAACUGUAGAAACAAUAGAGAUAGGUUGCCAAGCGUAUAUAGAAUUUAAUGAUAAUUGUGUACAAACAUCUCAGAACAAUGUAUUCAAUAAAAGUAGUCAGACCAUUGAAAAAAUACAAAAAGAAGAGAUUAAUCAGACAAGUUUUACUGAAGAAACUGAUUACGAUGUCGUAUUAGAUAAAUUAGCAAAAUUGACGGUAAAAUACGAUGAUAUUAAGACACAUUAUGAAGAAAAAUGUCUGUUGUUCGAAGAAAAGAAUCAAGAAGUACUAACUUUAAAAGAAAAACUUAAUGAAGUAAAUACUGCCAAUAAGACUAAUGCAGAAGAAUAUAAACGAUCGAUUGAUUUGCUUCAAAAAGAACUUUCUUUAGUAAAGGAAGAUAAAAUGCAGAUUGAAGAGACAUUAAAAAGUACUGACAAUAUUAAGUUUUCUUUAGAAAUAAAAAUUAGCGAUUACGAACGACGACUUAAUGAAAAUGAACAACAACUGUCUCUUGCUAAAAGUGAUUAUAAUCAGUGUACAGAAAAAUUGAACGCGUUGAAAGCAGGUUUUGAUAGUCAUAUUUCGAAGUGUACAACGGAACAUGAAAAAGCAUUGAAUAACUUACAGAACGAAUUAUCAUAUGCAAUAGAAAAGGACAAUAUCAAAUCGCAGUGUUUGGAUGCUCAGGCUGCUAAAUUACAGCAGCUAGAACAUAAUCUGGAAAAUAUAACUGAGCUUCAGGAAAAGAUUCAUGAAUUAAAUAAGAAUUUAGAAACGUGUCAAAGCGAAAAAGCUCAACUACAAAAAUUAUUGGAUGAGAAUAAUGACAAACUUCUAGAUUUAGAAGAUCGUUUGGAACAAGCGGAGGAAAAAGAGCAAGAAAAAGAUGCUGAAAUAAUUUCCCUUCAAAAAGAAAUGAAAUGUAUGAUACAGAAAAACGAAGAAAUUGACGAUAAAAGUGAUAAAUUAAUGGAACUAGAAAUGAAGAGUACAAUUAAGAAUCUAACAGAGACGAAAGAAAUGCUUUUGCGAAAAGAAGAGUAUAUUGAGCAGUUACAGAUCCGUAUUAAACACAACGAAGAGAAAACCAAAAUAUUGGAUCUUUGUGCUCAAGAGAAAAAAACAGAAAAUGAAAGAUUAAAAAAUAUGAAUGAAGAACUGAAGAAUAGUCUGAUUGAGAAAGAGCGUGAAAUGAAUGCAUUUAUGAAAAACAGAGACGAGAUGGUGGCAAAGUAUGAAAGUUUAGUAAAAAGUCAACAAGAGGAAUUGGAAAAGCAAAAGGUAACAAAGAAUCCUUCAAAAGCAAAAGACUAUUGUGGAAAUACGUCUGAAGACGAAGUCAUUAAGGACCGUCGAUUGAGACGUCCGCCAAGGAAGGUUGCAUCGUCUCCGAAACAGGAUGAAGUUUCAGUAAUCGAGCUUUCUGGUUCUGAAUCGAAACGAAGUGCAAAACGUACUAAUAUACAAGCAUCAUCUCGGGAACCUUCAGAAAAGAAAAAAAAUACCCGUAGAAAAAAACUGUACGUUACAGAUGACGAGUCUUUCCAAGAUAUAGAACCACUUGAGAGUACAACAGCGAUCACGCCAUCGGUACAAACACGUAAUUUAAGAAGUAGACGAAAAUGAUAUGUUGUAAAUAGUUCGCAAUAAUUAAAUAUAAGUUGUGUAUGAACAGUAUUAUAUUUUUUUAAUUUUUGUACUUCAGAUUAAAAUAAUGUAUUUUUUAA